CUACAAUAUUAAUACAUGUGAACACCAACAAUUAAUGCACAUAUAAAGAUUAAGUAAGUGCUGAUUUGAAUCUUAAUAACAUGCUUAAACAUGUUUAACAAUAUCAAUGAGCAACAACAAAGCCUCUACACUUGUUCUUCUAUGGACCCAAGAAUCUCAUUCUCAAAUGAUUUUGUAGAAACACAAAUCAAAUAUGAAACACAUUAUAGAGAAGCACCAGUUUCUUCAGAUUUUGAGUUUUCUGUUAGAAACAACUCUAUGAUUAUUCCUGCGGAUGAGAUCUUCUGCAAAGGCAAGAUUCUACCAUUGAAGGAAGGCUCCACCAACCAGCUCAGAAAAAUGACUUUGCAAGAUGAAUUACUUGUUGAUGAUGAUGAUGAGGAGUAUGAAUUUGAUGUUUUCCCAAGGGUGCAGAAAAGAUCAGGUUGGUGGAAAGAAAGACUAGGCCUAAAAAAAGGUGACAAUAUAACUAAGAAAAAUCAUCAAGUUUUGGAAAGAAUAGUUGAGGAGAAGAGAUUUGGUUUUGUACAUGAAAAGAGACUUGAUGGGAAGGUUACUGGAAAUGUUGACUGAAGGAAGACUAAACAUUAUAACAAUGGAGGGUUGCAACAAGGCAUUAGAUGUGCUUUUUAAUUAGUAUUAUUAUUUUAAGGUUAAUCCACUUAUAUUGCAAGUGCAAGAAAGUUUUAAGCUUUGUGUUCUAACUUUUACUUUUGCUAAUGAAGUUAACAUUAGUUGUUUGUACAUAAGUGUUUGCACUUCCUUAAUCAAUAUUAGUAUUUGAAAUUUUUCUUA